GAAACGCAGAGGACUCCAUGGAAACGGCAGACUAGCGUGCUAGCUUGGGAGAGAAGAAGCAUAGUUAGCUAGCUAUUGUUAAAUCUGGGUCCAGAUAAACUUGCUGAACACUGAAUAUAUUUAAUUUACUGCCUUUCUGCAAAGAUGAGCCGCACGCCCGAUGCAAGAGUGAGCUGUCAGCCUGCCAAUGUUGUCCUUUCACCCUCCCCAGGGACAACCAGACAAGAAAAAUCCAGGAAAACAUCACCAAUGUGGAGAAACAUUUUGGAGAGAUGUGCCAACUGUUUGCUGCCUAUGUCCGUAAAACAGCCAGGCUCCGGGACAAGUCAGAUGUCCUGGUCCGGGAAAUCGGCAUGUAUGCAGACACAGAAACGCCAUACCUGAAGAGAGGUAUGAAGCAGUUUGCUGACCAUCUGGCAAAGAUUCAGGACUACCGCCAAGCUGAGGUGGAAAGACUUGAAUCCAAAGUCAUAGAGCCAUUAAAAAGCUAUGGAGCUGUAGUGAAACGUAAAAGGGAGGAUCUGAAGGCGACUCAGAGUGCCAGAGACAGAGAAGCUAAACAGAUGGCUCAGCUUGAGAGGACCAGACAGAGAAACCCCUCAGACAGGCAGAUCAUUUCUCAGGCUGAAAGCGAGCUCCAGAGAGCCACCAUGGACGCCACACGGACCACCAGGCAGCUGGAGGAGACCAUAGACGAGUUCGAGAGACAGAAAAUCCGAGACAUCAAGAAAAUCUUUGGUGAGUUUGUGACAGUGGAGAUGUCGUUCCACGCCAAGGCCUUGGAGGUGUACACCUUGGCCUUCCAGAGCAUUCAAAGUGUGGAUGAGGAGCAGGACCUGGAGGUGUUCAGGAGUUCGCUGCACCCCCCUGACUACCAGUCACGCUUAGACAUAGUGCGAGCUAAUUCCAAAACCUCCCUUGAUCGGACCGAGUCCUUCCUGAGUACAUCAGGGACCUUACAGCAACAAAGAGAUUGCAGUCGGCCGACAAGAAGAGAGGACGACGAGGACGACGAAGAGGAUGAAGAUGAAUCUGAAGAGGAGGAGGAGGAGGAGGAAGACGAGGACGAAGACACAGAUGACUAGCAUUAAUUAUUUGUGUGUCUUAUUUUGUCUCGUCUGUAUGAAACACAGAAGGAUAUCAAAGUGUGUAUUAUUGUGUCAUUGCCAAAAUCACCUCACACCGGUGGUCUGAGCAGUAUUGUAGUGCAAGUGUGUUGUAGUUGUGUGAUGCUUUGUAAGAGAACAUGUUGUCCUUUACUAACAUUUGUCAUUGAAAUUCCAGCCAAUUAUUGUCUCAUAUAUUUUUAUAUAACACAUGCCGAAAUGUACAUUACAUAUUCAGUUGUACUGGAACUGCCAGUGUGUUUUAUUGCACCAUGUUAUUCAUCUUUAGGAAUUAAAAAAAGAAAGACAUUUUCA